ACAGAUGUCGAAUGUAGAGAUUAAGGUUAUAUUGAAUGUAAAACAAAAAUAUUGAACCUCAAAUUUAAUAAUUAAUUUGAAAAAUGCCACUUAUUAUAUUAACUGGAAUUCCUUGUAGUGGAAAAACUACUAGGUGUGAGGAGUUGAAGAAUUUUUUCUUAGAGAAAAAUAAGGAAGUGAUUAUUGUUAGCGAAGCUGAACAAAUUGCCAGAUCUGGAUUUGAAAAGAACUUGAUAUAUUUGGAUUCUAAUAAAGAGAAACACAUUAGAGGGUUACUCAAGUCUGAAGUUUUGCGAUAUGUUACAUCAACAAACCUAGUGAUAUUAGAUGGACUAAAUUAUAUCAAAGGUUUUAGGUAUGAAUUAUACUGUGGUACAAAAUCAAAUAAGGCAACUCAGUGCACUAUUCAUGCUGAAAUAAACAGACAAGAAUCUUGGAAAAUAAAUGACAGUAGGAAUGAAACAGAGAAAUACACAAAAGAAGUAUAUGAUGCUCUGGUGUUGAGAUAUGAAGAACCUGAUGGUAACAACAGGUGGGAUGCUCCUUUAUUUAUGAUUUUUCCUGAUCAGGAAUUAGAUAAAGACAAGAUUUACUCUACCUUAUUCGAUAAGGAGGCACCCAAACCAAACAAAUCUACCCAAAAUGCACCUUUGAGCUCAACGAACUUUUUAUAUGAUCUCGAUCAGUCAACAAAAAAAAUUGUAGCUUCGAUAAUAAAGGCCAAGAAGCAGAAUUUGGUGGGCAAAGUGCAGAUCCCUGAAUUUGAGAACCUUUACAUAGAUGUUAGUAAGGUCUCUAUACCAGAUCUGUCUAGACUGAGAAGGCAAUAUAUUUCUUACUCAAAGUUGAAUCCUCCGAAUUCUCAAGAAAUAUCAUCUCUGUUUGUACAAUAUUUAAAUACAAGUUUGACAUAGAGCUA